UCCAACAAUUUUAAUUUUUUACUUUUUUUCUCAUAAUUUUAAUGUUUUGUCUCAACUUAAACGUUUUAUCUCGUAGUUUUUAUCUUUCUGAAUCAGAAUUUUGACUUUUCAUCUUAUUAUCUUGACCUUUGACUCGUGAUUUUGAUUUACUGUUUCAUAAUUAGGACUUACAAUGGUAAUAAUGUUUUCAUCUUUAACUGGCAGAAAAGGUCAUCAAAGAAAACUGGGUUACCAAAAUAAUUCUUACUGUCUGCAGACACUCUAAAUUCAUGAUGUUUUUUAGUCAUAUGGCAAAAAUGUUUUCACAGUGUUGCUCUCAGUCAAAGAUGAUGUGAUUUUAAAGUGAAAUUUGUAAUUUAACGCUUUCUGUGAGUGGAGCUUUUGUUUGAGAAGGUCAAUUUUGAGCUCCAGAUAAUGACAAACAGUUAUUUCUUUAUUUCAACCUUCAUCACCUGCCUUACAAAUGGAGUUUAUUGGGAAACUCUUUUGAGUGUUUAGAUAGUUGGUUAUGAAAACAUCCUUUUAAAUCAAUUUCUUUCUGACUUAAUAACUGAAUCCAAGUAUUUGUGGUUCAUUCUCCCUCAGCGGCUUGUGAUGCGGCCACAGGCCAGCAUUGCAUCACAUGAAGCUGAUUAUCCCUGUAAUUCUUCCCUGACUAACACAACGCUGUCCUUAUACGCAAAUGACUCGAGCGUGAUCCCACAGCACAUGUGGCCGAGCCAGGAGUCCCUCUGGAUGUCUUUCAGUUUCUUUUGUUGCUCUUAGUUUUUGUGAAUGGUCUCUGAAGGGACAGGACACAACACAACGCAGUAAGUACUACUUUGGUGAUCACAGACUACAAAUGUCUCAGAGGACGAUGGAAGGCUUUUUGAUUAUUUGUUCCAGUGUAUGUUCAGUAAACUGUUCCUGCGUGUUUCCAGUAAUCCUAACCUGAGAAAUGGACAACGCAGGAGUCAGAAGAGGAAUUGUGAUAAAAGAUGACUGGCCAGGAUAUAGUCUGGACCUGUUCACCUACCCUGAACACUACCAUGAAGACAUAGAGACUGUGUAUAUUCCACAUGGAGUCAUCAUGAACAGGAUCGAGCGUGUGGCUCGCUACAUCAUGGACGACUUCGGGGACAACAACAUCAUGGUGCUGUGUGUCCUGAAGGGAGGAUACAAGUUCUGCGCAGACCUGGUGGAGUUCAUCAAGGUGCUCGGCCGUAACUCCAACAAGUACCUGGAGACCCGGGUGGAGUUCAUCCGCCUGAAGAGCUACCUGAAUGACCAGUCAACGGAGGAGCUGCACAUCAUAGGAAGCCGAGAUCUGUCUUUCCUGCGUGGAAAGUGUGUGCUCGUUGUCGAGGCCAUAGUCGACACAGGAAAGACCAUGAAGGCCCUUCUGAAGCAUGUGGAGACCUUUGAACCCAAGAUGGUCAAGGUCGCAGGGCUGUUGGUGAAGAGGGUUCCUAACAUGGCUGAAAAUCUGACAGACUAUGUUGGAUUCGAAAUCCCAAACCGCUUCGUUGUCGGCUACGCGUUGGACUACAAUGAAUACUUCCGCGACCUGAAUCACAUCUGUGUCAUCAGCAAGACCGGGAAGAUGAAGUACAAGGUUUGAGAAGAAUGAGAAGAAUUAAAGAAAUGCAGUUGAAGCAACACAAAACAAGACAUUCAUCUACCUUCUUCAGUGACAAGUGAAAGGUUCAGUUUUGUUUCUGUAACAGCCGGUCUUUGCUCGACUGCUUCAGUGAGGCAUGCGUUUAAAAAAAAAAGCUUUUAUUUUUGUAUGUCACUUUAAAAUGAAUCAGAAAAUGUCUUUAGAAUGUGAUGUAAUUGUUGCCUCACCCUCCUUUCCCUGUAUUUUGUUGUGAUGCACACGGGAACAAACAAAAUUUGGACGGAUAAAAGAAAGAAGCGCUGCCCAUUAGGGGAGGACGUUGGUGACAGAUGGAGAGAGCGUAUGGACGCUGGCAUCCCUGUGCCUGGAUGACGCCCACUCUGACUCAUGGAAAACACACAGUGGGUGCAGCAGGCGGCGUCUCUGUUUGUUCCAGACUUUAAUCAGGCCCGACUGGGAAAAGGCACGAGGAUUCAACUGAGUAUUUGGCAAAAGUUGACCUGGAAAUUAAACCUGGAGUAAUUUUC